AGUAUAUAUCUGACCCAUAUUCUCUCUCUGCAUCAGCUUGAUUCUCCGGGGAUCCUGCACUGCGACUGCUCUACACCACAGCAUCAAGACUCUGAACAACUUACUGCAAAGCCUCCAGAAAAAAGAAGACUACUGUUAAAACAACCUAUUCAUUUACUCAGAACAACAAGGUCAUGGAGAUCCACGCGUCUGCUGUGAUUCUGCUGCUGAUCUUGGCUGCUUCUUUCACUGCUAAUGGUCAACCAGAUGAUAUAAAGCCCCGUUAUCAAAAAUUCCUCAAUCAGCAUUUGGGUCCUCAUGUGAAUGAGCAUGCUUGUGACAAAGAAAUCAGAAAUAGAGACAUCACUGCCUCUGGAACUACAAAUGGCUGCAAAGAAGUCAACACUUUCAUACAAGCAAAUAAGAAUAAUAUUAACGUCGUUUGUGGCGAAGGAGGAACUCCACAGGGCAAUAAUCUGUUUAAGAGCAACCAGCGUUUUCCUCUGGUCACGUGUAAAUUACAAAGUGGGCAGAGACACCCAAAUUGUAAAUAUAGAGGGAAGAAGUCCACUCGUAACAUUGUUUUGGGGUGUGAUAGAGGAUGGCCUGUACAUUACGAGGAAGGCAUAAUUAAUGCAUAGAUGACAGACUAAAUAGAGCCUCACAAAGCUUUACAAUAUUUUGCUAAUCAUUUGUUCACCACUUAUUUUCUGUCAAAAAAGUGCAGUGGCUUUUAACUGUUUUCAGAUGUUCUUUAAACCAAUGCUUGAUAAAGUCUAAAGUAAACCAAUGAGAUACAGCUGUGAACAUAGACACAGUGGCAAUAGAUUUAUAACAUUGUUUGUUGUGCUUUAUAAAGCUAUAUUACGAUUGCUAAUUAUAUUUGAGUAAUAGAUAAAUGACCUCUGUCAUUAUGGAACUCUGUAGGAUGGAGAAUACGUCUCUCAUAAUGCACCAGUCUGUUUAUAGAUUCAUUAAGCAUAAUGUUAAAAAUGUAUUUAACUUUAAUGAUAUGUUCUUCAUAAUCUGUCUGAGGUCUUCACUUCUUCAUACGAGUCUCUGUGUGUAAUUGUGCAUUUGUUUGCAAAUCAUAUUCAUGAUUCAGCUAGUCUAACACAAUUUUAAGCACUCUGUUAACAAUUUUUGGGCAUUUAAAAAAUAAUAAAAUAAAAAU